ACCAAAGUAUUCCCAUUUUUACAUGAAUAUUAUUUCCUGUUACCCUCUAUUACAGUCGAUCAGCAUGGAGCAACCUUCUACCAUUGUAUAUUGCAAAUUUAUUUGGAAAUGUGCUUGCUUUGCUUGGCUGUUUCAAUCUGGAUCCGACUCCAGGAUAUGCCGACGUUGGCUUGUUGAUCGGCAUAGCGGCUGCUAUCAACAUCCUCGUCAUAUUGUGCUAUGCCAUUGAUCACUGGGCAUACAACUCGAAGUCAACUUUACUCCGAAUUUACACCUUCCCGUUCCUGUGGACUGGAGCUUGGAACCUAUUAGCAUGGUAUAGUCCAUUAGGCGACUUUUUCACUUUCUCGCAAGCUGGUAUGUUAUGGAAUUCAUUCCGGCAGAUUGCUUCAUUUGGCGGUCGAGCUAUGCUGGAUUUUCUCAUAGCGUGGUUCGGCACUGUCAUAGUCGAAACAUUGACUGGAGGCAAUGAGGACCGGACUCAGGGUCCGAAGAAUGGAUAUGGAGAAUGUGACGAUGUCAUCAAUAAACCAACCGAUAGUGACGAUUCGCCGCAUACCGAGCCCGAUCAUUUAAAUGGCAAACAGCCGUUGAAAUCAAAGCUUCGAACUAUAUUCACGCCUCUCAGUAUUUACUGUCUCAUUUUUUCUGUUCUCCUCGCUUAUGGUGGUGGGCAAGUUAGCAUCAUCAAGGGCUCGUUCUAUCAAACAAGCUACUCGAACUAUAUUACUCGAGACGUCGUUAGAGCUGGAUGUGUAAUAGGAAACACGGACGGCACGGGUUAUACGCUUUCAGACCGACAAUAUUGGUUUAACCAAACCAUACAACUGGCAAACGAUGGAGCUAAACUUGUUUUAUGGUCCGAAGAAACAUACCAGACAAUGGAUGGUUUGGAUGAGCAACAGUUCUUGAACCAAGCUUCCGCCAUCGCGAGUAACAACAGCAUUUACCUGGCUUUAUCGUACAUCAAUAUUAUUGGUGAUACUUUCGAAAAUCUAAUGACCCUCAUUGCGCCAAAUGGUACGGUUUUGAGGCGAUAUAACAAGGCUCAUCCUGUAGUGGGUGUGGAAGACCAACCAGCAGGGCCUAAUGUGCUGCAAUAUGUCGAUACUCCUGAAUUUGGUCGAAUUGGCUUAGGGAUAUGUUUUGAUUACAACUUUCCAUCGCUGAUAGAUCAGGCAGGUCAAAACCAAGUGGAUUUAAUGCUUCAAGCAAGUUGGACGUGGGGACCUAUCGGCACUUUCCAUGCUAGAGGAAACUCACUGAGAGCAAUUGAAAAUGGGUUUACUAUGCUUAGAUGUGGUAGUCAGGGUAUGUCAGGUGUGUUUACCGCAACUAGCGAUAGUCCAUACCAGCAGCAAUUUGCAACACUGUCCAACCAAACCCUUAUUUUUCAACUCCCUCGUCUACCUUAUACAAGAACCACCUAUACUGUGUUCAGAGGGGCGUUCGGAUGGAUAUGUCUGGCUUUAGGGCUGCUGUCAUUACUGUAUCUCAUAGUUUCAUCUAUAAUGCGCAGAGUAUCACUCAGACGAUCUCACUAACGAUCGUUUGUGUAAUUGUAUGUAAUAUACCAUAUAAAUACUGCUCAACCGGGAU